CCUCCUCUUCUUCGUCUUCCACUUGUUCGGUGCAUCCUCGAAAAUGUUGUCAUCCCCUCCUUGCCUUCUCCAAGAAACACCCCCCACCAGCCCAGGUUGCAACCCUCUAGUGGUAGCGGGGGUAGGACGACACCACCACUUCCAAGAAGAACAAAAUAAUACGAGCACACACACUGACGUACGCACACGCACUGACACCCGCGAUACGCCGGCCGGGUUCGGACGUAUAUAAGUGUAGUACAAGCCAAAUGUCCACUAUUUUAUACGUACCGCUCGUCUCGAUCGGUAGUGCCGCUCUAGAAAUUUAGAUCUAGAAAUUCUAUAUUUUUUACAAAAUUUUAGUUUAGGUUUGUUGUGUGAAAGUAGUCGUCAGUGUGCUGGAAGAAUCGGUGUGCGGUUGAAAAUUUUAGAACUUUCGUGAAAAACUGUGAAAACUUUACCGUGAAAAGUGUCGUGAGUUUGUUCGGAGAUUUUUCAACUUAUUUUAUUAGAACUGUAACAUAACUGCAUCAAAAAUAGGGAGUGAACACCGCUAAAAAUUUACCAGAAACUAGCAAAUUGUAUCAUAACAGUUUUGUGAAUUUUCUCUAUACCCCAAAUUUCCUCAAUUCAAAACUUACUCCUAAAUCAACAUUAGUGAAAACAUCAUAUCAAUAAUAUAGAAACAUUCACCGUGAGUUUCGUGUAUCCAUUCAAACUGUUACUUUUUCGCUUAUCUAUUCCAAAUAUUCAACUGAAUUAAUUUUGAAAUUGAUAUUCGAUAAACCCUCCAAAGUAGAACACACAGACUAUGAAACUAAGUGCCGUGUCUAGUAACUUCUUAGAACUUUAUUCUUGAUAUUUUGCUCAAUUUUCAAAAUUUGCUCGUGUAUUGUCGGAGAGAUUUGAGACUUGGUUCAAUCAUAUCAUGAGAAAAAAGUGACGACAGCUCAUUUCUUUAAAACGCUGUUAGUUUUCAACAAGUUUUCCAACUUUAUUCUUUCGAAUUUCCCAAAUUUUCCGCCGUCAACAUGCUCGUGGAAUACGUGAACUGGACUCUGUGGGCGGUGUUCUUCGCCGUAGUAAUUCUGGUGAAAAUUUUGGAAAGUGCCGGAAAACCUUCCCUGCCUCCCGGCCCCUGGGGCGUGCCCCUUGCCGGCUACCUGCCUUUUUUGGGGGUGGACACCCACCUCCACUUCAGGGAUCUGGCGAGGAAGUACGGGUCCAUCUUCAGCACCCGACUGGGCAACAAAUUGAUAGUGGUGCUCAGUGACUACAAGACGAUCAGAGAGGCGUUCAGCAAGGAGGAGUUCACUGGCAGACCUGAUACAGAGUUCAGCAACAUCCUGGGAGGAUAUGGUGUGAUAAACAGUGACGGCCGGUUAUGGAAAGACCAGAGACGGUUUCUCCACGAGAAACUGAGACGAUUUGGCGUCACAUUUGGAUCAGGAAAAGAUCAAAUGGAGACCAAAAUUAUGCAAGAAGUUGGCAUGUUCCUGAAAGAGCUAAACAACCAGGCUGACCAACAGCUGACUUCAAACAGCUCGGUGGACCUGGAGCCUCUGCUGGCUGUUUCCAUCAGCAAUGUGAUCUGCUCCAUCAUGAUGAGUGUGCGAUUCGAGCACCAUGACCCGCACUUCACCCGCUUCAUGGACCUCAUUGCCGAGGGAUUCCGGUUGUUCGGACGGAUGGCUUACGUCAACUUCAUCCCUGUCCUGCGAUACAUGCCCGGCUUGAGGGAAACCAGACAACAGAUUGCACAGAACCGCAGCGAAAUGGCCGAGUUCUUCCAGAAGACGGUGGACUGGCAUCGUGCCACGUUCGACCCGACGCACAUCCGCGACAUGACCGACAACUACCUGCAGGAGAUCCGCGAGGCGAAGGCCGAGGGUCGCGAGGGAGAGCUGUUCGAAGGCAAGGAUCAUGACAGACAGAUUCAGCAGAUCAUCGGCGAUCUCUUCUCGGCCGGCAUGGAGACUAUCAAAACUACGAUCCAGUGGGCUGCUGUCUUCAUGCUACAUCAUCCUGAGGUAGCCGCAAGGGUACAGGAAGAACUAGAUGCUGUAGUCGGAAGGAGAAGGUUGCCAAAACUGGAGGACAGACAGAGCUUGCCCUACACAGAAGCCACCCUACUAGAAGUACUCAGGAGAUCCAGUGUGGUUCCUCUCGGCACUACUCAUGCUACAACUAGGGAUGUUGUCCUUGGUGGUCAUUUCAUCCCGAAAAACACACAAGUGGUUCCUCUGCUGCACGCCGUUCACAUGGACCCCACGCUCUGGGACGAGCCCGAGAAGUUCAAGCCAGAGAGGUUCUUGGGGCCGGAGGGAAAAGUGCACAAACCACAGUACUUCCUGCCUUUCGGAGUUGGCCGUAGAAUGUGUCUGGGAGACGUGCUAGCUCGCAUGGAAAUCUUCCUGUUCUUCGCCUCCCUGAUGCACUGCUUCGACAUGAAGUUACCCGAAGGCAAGGAGCUUCCCAGCCUAACAGGCAUCUCAGGAGUCACGCUUACUCCAGAAAACUUCAGCGUCCGACUCCAGAAACGUCCCCUGGAUGAGAGCGAUUUCGACUUCCUCCUCCAGGAGUUCUCAGAAAUCCAGUCAUCGGUCUUGAGGAACGUUGGAUCUCAUUGAGGAGUCGACAAAUUGAGUAAAUUAAUUCUAUUUAUUAACGAAAAUCGCGUGUUCAUAGUAUGUAGGAUAUCGUUAUAACUGUGCUGUUUUAGCGUAAACGUAUCGCAAACGUUUGUAGUGUAGAGGUUGACGCUAUAACCGGAAGAAACUUUACUGUUUUAGCGUAAACGUAUCGAAAACGUUUUUAGUAUAUAUCCGGUUUAAGUAGAUAAUUUGCUGUUCAAGCGACUUCGUAGGGUAUAUUUGUACCUAUAUAAUACGUUGUCUAAAAGUAUUAACCAAAAAACUCAUAGUUUGAAAAAAUAAGAUAUUUAUGUCAGUGGUCUGACAUGAUCUGACACUAGUCAGCUCUAAAACUCUGAAAAAAUAUUUGUUUGAAAAAAGAUCAGGUUAUAUAAAUUUUGAGUUGCCUACCUAUUCAAGUCUCAUUUUAACCACAUGGCAGAUUUAACAAUUGUAAACUAAUGAAAUAGUUUUACAGAAAAAAAUUCGAAACGAAGAUCUUUGCAUAUCAAUAUAUUCUUCUAACUACAAGACACAUUUUCUUCUCAGUUAUUAAUUUUGUUCUCUAAAAAUACGUGAAUUUGAAUUAGUUGGCUAACACUUUGAGACGACGUCCGAUGGUUUGUUAUAUUUCAUUUUCAUAAAUAACUGAUUGAUGGAUCUCUAUAGAUAGUAAUUCUAUUCAUUGAUGCAUCACUAAAAUAUCCAUAAAAUGGAAUUCAUCUGAAUAACAAUAUCAAGGAAAUGCCACAGAAAAGAAGGAAUUUCUGGCUCAUCAAGUAUGCUCACUAAUUUCAGUUUUCAAGUUUUAUUAUUCCAAUGUCUGGAGUUGACUCGAAAGAAUAUUCUAUUCACAACUUCAUCCAUGUUUUCCUUAUAUUUCAUUCUACUUUUAUGAUCUAUUUGAGAUAUCCUUUCUUCAUCCUUCGAUUAAAUUCUGUGAUAAUUCUUUGAUAUAAAUCAAGGGAAUUUGAAUUUUUUUGUAGAAGUCUACGUUAUUUGUAGAUGAAUACUGGAUUUCAUUGUGUUCAUUGAGUUUCGUUAAUUGUAGAGUUGUCCAAUUGACAAAACGUUGGUAGUUUAAACUAGGGAGCAAGUUUAACUAUAGUAGUUAAACUACGAAUUGACAAUAUCGUGAUGUAGUUGAGAGAAGUUUUAGUAAUCUAGUUGAAAUAUUUGCAAAUUAAUAUAUUUUAACUCACUGUAAUGAUAACCUGAUGUUUUUAAAGGUUUCAGAAAAUGGAGAAUGUAUUUUAUACUAGAUUGAACUUUGAUAUCGAUUGUAGAUCGAGAAAUUAUUUAUAUUGUGUUCAUUCAUCAAAAAAAUUUCACUUGAAAGCCCGUUAAACAAGCAUUUCUCAUGAAAAUUUUCAUUUUUAUGCAAGGACAGACUUUUUUGAAGUGAACUUGGUUCUAAGUACCAACUAGGUACAUCUAUUUCCAGGUUUCAAAAACAAGUAUUCAUUCUAUGAUCAUUUAAAAAAGUUUUGCUCCCAAUCAAAGUCAUUCCAAAAUUAUCAAAUUCAUAAUAAAAUAUUAUCAAUAAUUGAAUAAAUUAUUUUCAUCAGCAAUUUCCAAUUCCGGGUUAUUGACAAGUCCACGCGCAUCACAAUACAGGUUUCAAAAUGGCUUACUUAUCGAAAAAAAUAUUUUGUAUGAUAAUUUCGCUCAGCUGGAUGUCGAAAGCUAAUCUUUGUUCCGUGAAAUAUUUUGGCAAUAAACUGUCGAACAAUAGAUUUUUCCCAAUACAAACGAAUGCAAUUUUGCUGAUUUUGCAAUACAACUCAGCAGUAAAGAUGCAAGAAGUAGCACGGUGCUGGAUGAUUACGUGCAAAUAAUAAUGUAACUUGAAUUUUUGGGAUUUUUACCAAUUUAGAAAAAUAAAAUAGUAAUAUUCCACAUUUUUUAGCACGCAGUACUACCAUAAAUGAAUCGGUGCAAACGUUGUUGAAGAAUACCACCAUAGAAAGACAAAUAAUUUUAAAAUAUUCAAUCAUCAAAUCCAUGACUAGCCUAAAAGAUUUGAGAAAAAAUUUAGUAUCAUUUCAAAUUUAUUUUGUCAAACAAUUACAAUCUUAAUGAAUUUUUCAAAAAUGUUUUAAAAUGAAAUUUCAAUCUGUGCAUUUGGCUUUCGAAGAAAAACAGGAAAAAUAUUUAUUUUUGGGAAAAUAUAGAUUAUGAGAAGAAAUCAAUCAGUAUAAGAUAGAGAUGGAGUAAGGAGAGAGUAGAAAGAGUGAGGGAGGAAGCGAAAGAGAAAGCUCGGAGAGUUAGGACUCCUCCAAAACAAUAGACUUUCUCUGAGAUUUGGUCUCAAAUUUAAAGAAAUGGUAAAAAUAUUUACAUUCAACUGAGAUAAAACUAGAGAAUUGUCAUUUGAGCCAAAAUAAUGAUCUUUGAUAAUAUAAAUCUACACGAGAGCGUUUUUUUAAAUGAAUUAACUGUAUUUGAACCUUUGAAAAAGGACAUUCGUUUAGAAAAUACACUGAAAAAAUAACUACAUUUAUUUAGAGUCACAAAUAUGUGUUAUUCAUUUAUUCACAUCACAUCAAAAUCAAUCGACCUAUCUUCAGUAUUAUAAACUUUAAUUUUCUUAUAUCACUUCUACAUCACUUUACUUUUUGUUCAAACAUUGUAAAUGUGCCAUCAUCCAUAACUUUCAAUCGUAUUCACUUGCAUUUUGAAUCUUGUAAUUUGUAAUAUUUAUUCAGCUCUCACAAGUUACUAUAGACUAUGAGUAGGCCUAGUUGUAAUUUGUAAAUAUGUGAAAUAAUUUAAUUGUAAUAUUGUAGGACUUUUUUUUAAAAGGCUGUGUUUUAACGAUAGUUAUGUGUUCUACUUGAGGAAAUGUAUUGUAACAGUUUUGAGUGUCAAAGUAUUUAACCCAAAUGUAUCAUGAAUCCAAUUGAUGAAAUUGAAAUUGGACAAGAUUCAAAACUAUAAGAUUAUAACUGCAAAUCAUAUUAACAUUUGUAUUCACAGUAUAUGAUAUUCUUCAACAUUGUGUUCAUUUUUUUCUCUUAGUAAUCUAGUCUUUUAAACAAAACACAUGCAGGGAAUUCAUAGUCCGAAUUGUAGUUGAUCUGAAUUCAAUAUCUUAUUUUGAUAAAAUCAAUUAUUGUUUCAAACAUAAACAUUACUAAUAGUUUGUAUAAAGGAUGAAGCCCGUUUUCAUCACGACUAAUUUAUUUACAUAAUAUAAGGCGUCAACUUAAUCUAUAUUAAGACAUAAGAAACUUGGAAAAAUGAUUUUACUUAUUGAGAAUUGAAUAAAGAUUCCAAGUUUUCAAACUGAUCUUAGAGAUUUUUAGUGAUUUUAACGGGCAAAUAGUAAGAAUAAAUAUAGCUAGGCAGCGUAUGUUGACCAGCCACCAAGUUAUUUGUAAAGUGUAUCAGCAUCCACAUAUUUUUCAACACUAACGGAUUCAAACCAAUUUCAAUCAUUCAUACUUCAUACAUUGGAAAUUUCAAUACCGACUUUCGAUUUUCUACAAGUCAAACAUUGUAAUUUAGAUACUCGAAUUAGUUCAAUAAUAAUGUGUUCACCUUCAACUGUGUUCAUCCAAUUAAUAUCUUGUAAGAGUAGACCUAGUUUAGGAUAUCCAUUAAUUGUAACCCUAGGCUAAGUGAUAGAUCAUUACUCAUGAAAGUUCCUGUCCUAUGAAAAUUAAAACGAUAAUUGUCUAGUUGUUAGAGAGGUAGUACAAAGUAUGAUUAUGUUUUUGUGCUGAAAACCAGAUUGUGUUUGAAGAAAGCCAGAAAAUACUAAAACAUUGACUCAUUGUUCAGUCAAUUAUAGUAUGACAGUAGACUAUUGGUUUUGAGUGUUUUUCUCGGCUGAGUUGAAAUAGUACUGACUGUAUUUCUUUUGUAGUAAGUUGCUCCUAGUUUUGAUACUAGUAGUGAACGACUUGUUUUGUAUGAAAUUGUAUUUUUGUGUAGAGUGAUGUGUUGUAAAUAGUGUUCACCUAGUUGAAAAAUUAAAUGAAACGAUGAUUUAUUUCUUAAACA